GUAGUUUUUAAUUCCGGCCGACUUGACACACCGCUGUAGUUCUUGUUGGGCUUUAGCUUGAACUUCAUGUGGCAAAGUCCCGACAGUCUCGGAGGACCAUGAGACGGUUCGGGGCGGCGGACGGCUCGAAGAGAACAUAUGAACGGCUGCUUGAAAGUUAACCCGAGCUAAGAGAGGCGGCCACCGCUGAGGUCGAGUCGAGCUAAAAGGAACCGAGCGAGCAACAACUUCUAACCCGAGCCAGUCGCACCUGGAGCGGGGAGACGACCACGGGGGAAAACUACUGGUUUUUACGUUUUACAGACUUCUUCUCACGCCGCAAUGCUGAAGCUGUGCCUGCAGAGAGCUCUGGUACCGGCCGUGCAGAGGGUACCGUUUGGACCGGGACCGGCGAGGCUGCCGGGGAUAGGGCGACACACACCGAGCUGCUCUCUGGGAACACACGGGAGGAACGAGCCGAGGGAGCCGCUCAACUCCCCCAAGAGAGCCAAAGAGUUCAUCUACCGCCUCCAGGCGAAGGAGAGGAGCUGUUUACUGAAGGAGCUGCAGAGCUUCGAGUCCAUAGCCAUCGCUCAAGAGACCCUGGAGCCCUCGCCGCCGACUGCAGCCCAGAUCAGAUAUGUUUUGUUCCACAAUGCCCUCCCCUUUGUUGGAUUUGGCUUCCUCGAUAAUGCCAUCAUGAUCGCAGCGGGAACGCAGAUUGAACUCUCUAUCGGAGUCACUCUGGGGAUCUCCACCAUGGCUGCCGCUGCUCUGGGGAACCUGGUUUCAGAUUUGGCAGGUCUUGGUCUUGCAGGUUAUGUGGAGGCUCUGGCUUCCAAACUGGGGAUGCAGGGUCCAGAUCUGACGCCCAAACAGGCGGACAUGUGGCAGACCAGGGUCAGCUCUCACAUGGGUAAAGCCAUCGGAGUGUCCAUCGGCUGUAUUCUGGGGAUGUUCCCGCUGUUUUUUCUGGGUGACGAUGAUGAGAAGGAGAAAGAAGCAGAAACCUGUGACACAGCGUCACAUUCUUCCUAACAAGCUAUUACAGCUACACAACACAGUGACACCUACAGACUGGAUACUGCUGAUGUCAGAACAAAGUAUUUGCCGUUGGCUGUUUCUCUGUCCUCUGCUCAGGCAGCGUUCACACUCCCUCACUCUCCAAACCCUCUACAGCCGUCUGUGUAAACUUCACUGGCUGAUGAUGAUAUUUAGCUCCACCACUUCCUCUGAAGCACCGAGCGGUGGUAUUUUCACACUGCCUGCUCUCCAUCAAGGCACGCCGUCUGUUAAUUCAAUAUGUCAAUUUAAUUGGAGGUCUCAUUAAAAGUUUUGUCGAGGGAUGGGCGCAGGAGGAAUCUCAUCAGUUAUGAUUUUAUCAUCCAAUCAUUCUGUUUGCUUCUGGUUUUAUCAUUGAGAUGUUUAUCUGACAUUUCGACACGUCAUUUACCAUUAGCACAAGUCAGGAACGGUUAAUAAAGUUUGCAGACUGACUCAAUCAUGUCAGUUGCACAGCAAAAUCUAUUAAUAUUGUUCAUUUAGAAGGAGCAAUGCACCUGGAUUUACACUGAGGUGCGUCAGUGUAAUGUCGCCAGGGUUAGCUCAACAGCUCAGUUGCUCCGAUGGUCUCUGCACAACUAAAACCUGACAAAUGGAUGAAAAAUAAAUCGAGUUUAAAACACUAUAAAUGAUUCAAAGUUAAUCUAUAAAGCUUUUAAUAUCCAUAAAUAUAUAUCUUAAAUUUUUUUAACAUGAGCUACAAUUUGCCACUGUUGGUCAUACCAGACCAAAUAAGGCUGCGGCAACAAAUAUAAAUCGUAAUGUAAACUAAUGUAACAAAAACACAAUGAUUCUUCUAUUCAGGUCAUUAUACACUAAUGAAAACACACCUAUUAAUACUAAAUUCCAUUUCUGCUUACAGAUCCUCCUAAAUGUUACACAUGGGACCUUUUUUAAGCAAGACUGAUUUCAUCCUGGACUUCCAGCACCUCUGUACUCACUAUACUCAUCCUCAUCAGAAUGUCUUCCAGGAGAGACUCCAUAUUUUAACAAUAUCGCGUCUCUUCCGUCUCUAUUACAACCGCCUUCAAGUGUGGCUGUUUACAACAACUAUAAGUACUCUUGAUUUCAAGCAGAACUCUGUCAGACACAGGAAUGAAGCCACUUGUUUGACUGACAGUUUAAUCCUUUAAUUACACAUGUUGCCAGCAAAUAGAAGAGCUGCACCGAUCUGAUAAGCUGGAUCGGUAUCAGCCCCCGUUACAGGCCAGACGAGGGGAAAUAGUUGGUACAACCCUAAUGAAAGCAUAACCUUACUGGUGCUUUUCCUCUCUUGCCUUUAAUCAGUAUUUUGCAUGUUUUAAACCAUCUAGUUGGCCACGUUUAAACAUCUGCUACGGCUCAGACAUCGGUUAUUAAUUAGAGGAAUCGAUGGCGUUGAGGCUAAAUUAUUCUUAUAAAUGAGGUGAUUUGGUUGCCAGUUGAAACCAGUCUUGAACUUCCAUCUUAAGUUGUGAGACUGCACAGAAGCCUGUUGCGAACGCUGCCUGAGUAGCUUCCGAGAUCGGACGAGCUCACCCGUCUCAACACCGUCAGACAACAGCUGUGAUUUGGAUUCUUCCUCUUUGUAAAUGUCAGCCUCUGCUGCAGGGUAUUAAACAUCCUCUUCUUUCCCACAGAGGACUCCAGAAAUCCAAUUUCACUGUUUACCAACCAGCAGUAUAGAAACUUCCAGGUGAGACCGGUGGUUGUUUCCCAUCCCGACAGUAGAAACUCAAACUGUACGUACUCCCCAACUGUUCACGCAGUUGGAACACUAUUUCAGCUUGAAUGUCUUUUCUUUCUUUUUUUUUUUAAAAUUCAAGUUAAUUGAAAGAACAGCACAUGAUUUAAAUUUGGUUAUUUUUCUUCAGCAGAUACUUUAUACAUUUAAACACUAUUGUGUGAAACUAUGUUUCUUGUAACUUCAGCUGAAACUGAGCAGAGACAAAUAUACAGUCUCUGCACUCCGGCAGUUAGGGUGUUGUGCAUCUUUAAACUUUUACCAAAAAAAAAAAAAGUGUAAAUACAAAGAAAAGGAACAGUGUCACUGCUACCUCGGUGGGAAUAUUUUAGGUGUUUUGCAUGAAGAACCGAUGUAGCUCUAUAAUCAGACUCUUUAUUUCCAUAUCAGAUGGUUUUUAAUAUGCUGGAAUGUCCUCAGAUGUUGAGUACGGGUUGAUGAACGAAGGAGGCGCUAUCUGGAAAACUUUACACGGAUGUUUGCUUUCCAAGCUCUUUCUGUAUUUCUGUGUUUUUCUGUCUGCACCAUCUUCUUUUCUCUUUUUCACUGCUUUCUCUCUCAUAGACACUUGACUUAAAUCCAGCCGUCUGUGUAAUUACUUUUUUAGCUCGUGUUUCAUCAGACUUGAAGCUCCAGAUUGUUGGGAUUUGCCACAUAAAGUGGAGUCCUAAACAGUUUAUGCCAUGACAAGUUCAGUUCAGUAGUUUUCAGUGAUCUCUGUGACUGUGACUCCUUCUCUCUUUCUCUCCUCCUUAAUCUUUCUCUUUCUCUCUCUAACACUGUUUUUUGUGAUUGUUGUGAAUCCAGUUGAUCCUUUUCACCUGUUGAAUCACUGGCUGCAUCCUGAAUCACUCCCUAUUUACUACGUAUUUAAGUGUCCAAAUUAGGGUUGCAACGUAAAACCCAAAGAUGUUCAAUUUAAAAUCAAAUAGUAAAUAUAAGUAUAGUAAUAUAGUAAAUUGUAACAUUUUUGGGAACUUUGGAACUGGAUAAUUUUUUUGUUUUUUGCUUGAAAUGCUUCAGUUACACAAAUUUAAUUUGUUCUCUAGAGUAAGUAAUUAGCUAAACAUUUCUGUGCUAGUCUGAGUUCUCCACAUUUAUGUACUUUAUAGUGCUCUCAAACAAUCCCAUAAUGCAACGAAAAGUGUUUAUAGCACUUCUUCCUGCUAACAAUCCCAGCAAUAUGUCACUUUUAUCUGACUCCAAUUAGAAAAUGGACUUAUUGUUACUGCCUUUUAUCAACAGGAUUAGGGAUUUGUACCUACAACAAGCUAAUGAAUGAGGAGAGAAUGGCUGCCGUUAAUUAACCUUCAUAGUUAAAUAAUAAAGUAAGGUUACAUUGUUACACAAAGGUUGACAAUAAUUAAAUGUUUACUCGAGGGACCUCUAAAUAUUAGUGCCUUUUGUCAUCUUCAAAUCUCUGCACCUGCAAAAACGUAUGAGCUCUGAUAUUAUAUGAUAUCAGUGCGUUUCUACCAGAGACGCUGUGGAGUGUCUGUUAUAAAGGGGAGAGUGAGUGAGGGAGUGAUUUCAGACGCAGCCACUGGAGCACACAUCCACCAAUAACACAACUGGUUUCCACACUUUAUUUUCUACAAAGGUCAUAAUAUAUAAUGGAAGGAGAACUGAGUUAUUGAAAAUUGCCAAAAACCAUUGUAAUAAAGAUUGAUUGAGCUGGUUUAAACCCUGCUGUUAUUUAACAGAUUGUGAUAUUUGCUGCAGGGAUGAUAGAUGUUCAUUAUAGAGGGACAGGGACACUGAGCUCAGAUCCUCCUCACGUCCUCCGAUCAAAGGGAAUUAAAGGCUUGAAAAAACAGCCAAACCUCCGAGUUCAGACCGACUGGUGUCUGACUGUUUAAACAAUAUUUUAAUGAGUGUUUGGACUUGGCUGCAGAAGACAUUUAGGUUUGUGACUGGAUUAACUGUAAAAGCCUCGAGGGAUUUCUCUUUUGUCUCAUUAGAAGAGAAAUUUCUCAUGGAGAGCAAUAUACCAUCUGUUUGAAUAAUGUCUUUAAGUUCUCACUAAUUAAGUAAUAACAAAUGAUAUGUUUUUAGGAUGCUGUUUAUUACCGUGGACGACUUGUAUGUUUUUGUAUCAUCUCAUGUUUGUGUAUUUUUUCUAAGAGGAUGAUGGUUUUCUUCUGGCUUGUGUGGUGAGCAGAUUUUUACGUUUUAUUUCCCUCCACUCUCGAUGAUAUUUUGCAUAAUUUCAUUCUCUGAAGAAAACAAAUGAGAGUAUAUGAAGCGUAUGAACUAAAGUAUGUAAUCUCUAGACGUCUGUGUUGUGCUGCCAUCUUGUGGACAGUCUGAAAACAGCAGCAGCAGCUGUUGCGCACUGAUACAUGUAUGUACUAUAAAACCAGUGAUGUCGAAGGAUUGAAUAUGCAGUAUGCAUUUUGCAAUAUAAUGUGCAAUUUAAAAUAAGAUAAUAAAUUUGGGAGUGUUUACCUCUG